AUGUCAGACAAUAUUUUCACGGACCGGCCGUUAAGGUUCGGCUACGGAGCCUCACUACGGAGGCCCUCUGGUACGGCCUCUGGUUACAUCGUGGUAAGGAAUCAAAUUGGCUGGAGUGUGAGUUACACUUCUACUGAGAUCUGUGCCUUCAGAGGAUCAACAGUGGACAUUAACUCUACCUACACAUACCCAUCCAAGUUCAAUCACCCUUUUGCUACAGUUAACAAAACUUUCUGGUUCAUUAAAGAGAGUAAUGGGACUUACGUUGAUCUAUUGACUGAUCCAGAGUAUUCAGGUCGUGUGGAGAAUCUCUGUGAAAACAACAAGUGCACUCUGAGAAUCUCUAACCUGAGAGAGAGCGACUCAGCUGUUUACAAGUUCAGGUUCACAACAAACCAACCUACUAGGAGUUUAACUGGUUCAGCUGGAGUCACUCUGUCUGUCACAGACCCUCAGCUCCAGGUUCAUGUGAGGAGAUCAACAGCUAAUCCAUCUUCUACCUGGACAGAGCUGACCUGUCACAGCAGGUGUCAGAUCCCUGAUCAUCUUUCCUACGUUUGGUACAAUAACAAUAAACCUGUUGGACGAAAAAAAUACUCUCACCUCCGACACUUUAAUGCUGAAGACAGCUAUCACUGUGCUAUAGAAGGACAGGAGCGUUUCCAUUCUCCUACAUUGUAUGCUCCAAAGGUUCCCUCUGUGUCAGUGAGUCCCUCUGGUGAGAUCAUGGAGGGCAGCUGGGUGACUCUGACCUGCAGCAGUGAUGCUAACCCAGCAGCUAGCUACACCUGGUACAAGGAGGACGAGGACUCUCCAACAGCAUCAGGACAAAACUUCACCAUCACUAAUAUCACAGCUGAACAUGGUGGAAAGUAUCAGUGUGAGGCCCAGAACACACACGGACGUAGUAAGGCCACCUUACAUCUGACUGUUGGAGCAGGGAAGUCAGUGAUAAUCAUAAAUACCAUCAGGCUGACUCUGGUGGUCGUGCUGGUUCCAGUGCUUGUCUGGACUCUGUGGACGAGGAUGAAGAAAACUCUGAGCUUGAAAUCAGAAGUGAAUGAAGCUGUGGAGAUGAUUGAGUUAGACAACUGGCCUGAGUAUGACGACAUCGAUGCUGCAGCACAGACAGAAGACCCAGAGGAGCAGGAAGACCGGGUGUGA